AUGAAGGAAGGAGGGGCAUCAGACGACCGAGGAGCUUGUGGUUGUAAGAACAGCGCAGGGGAGGCCGCCGUGAGGGGUGUUGUAGCUGGAACCGUCAUCAUUGCGUCGGAGUGGAGUUGCCGUGGCAGCCCUGAUGGGGCUCAGGAGGAGAGUGGCAAUGGGGAGGGACUGGCAGAUAGUGCCGACCGUGGAUUGGACGGGGACCCCGAAGGCGUGUGGAGUCCAGACAUCGAGCAGAGCUUUCAGGAAGCUUUGGCCAUCUACCCUCCUUGUGGCAGGAGGAAGAUCAUUCUUUCAGAUGAGGGCAAGAUGUAUGGUCGAAACGAGUUGAUCGCUCGUUAUAUAAAGCUGCGAACAGGGAAGACCCGUACCCGCAAACAGGUCUCUAGUCACCUGCAAGUUUUGGCCAAGAGAAAGUCUCGUGAGAUUCAGUCUAAACUGAAGGCCAUGAACUUGGAUCAGGUAUCCAAGGACAAGGCACUCCAGACAGUGGCCAACCUCUCGUCAGCUCAGAUUGUGUCGGCGAGUGUAAUGAAACCGCAGCCUUCCUUCCCUCCACCAGUCAGAUUUUGGCCUGGCCCUGUACCAGGACAGCCCGGACAUUCUCAGGACAUUAAGCCCUUUGCACAGCCUCCAUACACCGCACUACCAGCCCCUAUUCCUCCACCUAUCAGUUACGAAGCCUUGCCACCCCCUCGGCCUGCAGCCAUAGCAGCUCCUGUAUGGCAGGACAGAACCAUUGCUUCAGUGAAUCUACGGCUGCAUGAGUUCUCUGCUUUUCUGGAGACCCAAAGAGACAGAGAGACGCAUAAACACCUUUUUGUUCACAUUGGGCCAUCAAAUCCAGGCUACAGUGACCCUGUGUUGGAGUCUAUAGAUGUGAGGCAGAUUUACGAUAAGUUCUCGGAAAAGAAAGGAGGCCUGAAGGAGCUGUUUGAAAAAGGGCCACACAAUGCCUUCUUUCUUGUUAAGUUCUGGGCCGACCUGAGCGGCGACAUUGAGGAGGGCUCCGGUGCGUUUUACGGAGUGAGCAGUCAGUACAGUGGGACCGAAAACAUCACCAUCAGUGUUUCUACAAAGGUCUGCUCCUUUGGCAAGCAGGUUGUGGAGAAGGUGGAGACAGAGUAUGCCCAUUUGGAAGGGGGGAAGUACAUUUUCCGCAUCCAUCGUUCACCCAUGUGUGAAUAUAUGAUCAACUUCAUCCACAAACUGAAACAUCUGCCUGAGAAAUACAUGAUGAACAGUGUUUUGGAGAACUUCACUAUUCUACAGGUGGUGUCCAACAGAGAAACUCAGGAGACUCUGCUGUGCAUUGCCUUCGUGUUUGAAGUGUCCACAAGUGAACACGGAGCGCAGUACCACGUGUAUCGACUAGUUAACGACUAGCAGCGUGUUGCAUGCAGAGACUCGUAGAACUUUUGAUACAAACAGCUUAAAACUUAUUUCCAGCUCAACACACAAAACCCUUCCUUUAAACGCACUCUUUUUCUUCUUGUAAUCAGACCAACCGUCACAUUGUAGUCAUGCCUACUGCUUGUUCGAUGUGUAUUUUAUCUGCAGCAAUAACGACUGAAUCAGUCAACAGUCACAGAAACGUUUAAUGUUCAGUGUCGUUUUUGUUUCUCGUAAUCAGAUCUUUAAUAUGCCUUCCGAUAUUUUU